AUGUCUCACGAGAAGCUGCAAACCCCCGCUGCUUCCUCUCCCGCCACCAGCCACUCUGUCUCCCUGAUUCUCUCGGAUGUCCUGCCACCCAACCCCGGGAGCUGGAAACAUGCUGUGGUGUCUCUCUCCUCACGCAAACAGGAGCACAUCAUGGAUGGUCUAGGGCGCUUACACUCUGAGGAGUCUCGGUUCUCUACCUGGUCUGUCAUCGGGGAGGCGGUUUCGAGGGCUCUGCUUUCCGAGUCGGCCGGUUUAUAUCUGCAAUCGGCCAUGAAGCUUCAUCACAAGGAUUUCCUGCUCUUCACCCGUACAGCAGCCACAGGGGACGACGCAACAGCCGGAAUCCUCGAGGUCGAUUUUGUGCAGAAGAUCAAGGGUGCUGAGUGGCAGGGUCAUUGGCAGGAAGCGCGCCCUACAUUGGCCCACUUUGUAAGGAACUCGCUGGAGCAGUUUCACAUGUUGGACAAAUCCAGAAACGAAGAUGCUACGCAGUCGGUACAAACAGACAAGGAGAAAGGCUAA